CUGGUCUCCCUGCACAUCCUGAUUUAGCCGCAACUGUUUACAAAGCUUCAUCUCUUCCAAACAGCCGAAUUCGGAGUCCUGUGUGAACAGAACACCGUCAGAGACAUGCUUGCGUACGGACCAGCCUCCGUCUGUUAACACUUGGACGCAUCCUCUUCUUCUGAGUCUUGGCUGAGAGGACUUGCGAGGCUGUGAUUAUUGGGCCAUGCAGCACCCCAACUUCGAGACACCCCACCCGCUCCAGGCUGACGAGCAGCAGGAAACGGGCUUUGACCCGCUCAACAAUAUCAACAAGAACCGCAGCAGAGGCUCUCUUGACAGCAGCACUCACUCACCGUCAACCUUCCUCCCAUACAGGAAAGAAUGGGACGACUUGUUCCUCAACAGUAAUUACUUGGCCAGGAUCCGGCAGGCAGGCGUCAGCGGUAGACUGAGGAGCAGUCGCUUUCGGAGCAUAUGCUGGAAGUUGUAUCUGGAGGCUCUUCCAGAGGACAAGAGUCAGUGGAUCAACAAGACCAAGGAGCUCCGUGGCCAGUAUGAGAAGAUCAAAGAAACACACAUCACCAACCCUCGCAAGGCUGCGGGCCAACAGGAUUUGGUGGUCAACAACCCGCUGUCCCAGGACGAGGGGAGCCUGUGGAACAAGUUCUUCCAGGAUAAAGAGCUGAAGGGAAUGAUAAAACAAGAUGUAUUGAGAACGUUUCCUGAGAUUCGUUACUUCCAGGAUGGGGAUGUGCGGACCAAGCUGACAGACAUUCUCUUCUGCUAUGCCAGAGAAAAUGAACAGUUACUUUAUAAGCAGGGGAUGCACGAAUUGCUGGCUCCCAUCGUGUUCGUGCUUCACUGCGACCAUCAAGCCUUCCAACAUGCCAGUGAGACGGCGAGCCCCAGUGAGGAGAUGAAAUGUUUGUUGAAUCCGCUGUACCUUGAGCAUGAUGCCUAUGCACUCUUCUCUCUACUGAUGGAAACGGCAGAGCCGUGGUUCUCCUGCUAUGAGAGAGAAGUGAGGAGGGGUAAAGAAGAAAUGCUUACCAGCAUCCCUUUUGCUCGGCCCCAGGACUCGGGGCCAUCUGUUGCCAUAGUUACCAAAGUCAACCGCAUCCAAGAUCAGCUGGUGAAGAAGCACGACGUGGAGCUGCACAUGCAUCUCAACCGGCUGGAAAUCGCCCCACAAAUCUACGGAAUCCGCUGGGUGCGUUUGCUGUUCGGUCGUGAAUUUCCGCUUCAGGAUCUGCUGGUGGUUUGGGACGCUCUAUUUGCUGACAGCAUCACCCUGGAUCUGGUGGAUUAUGUCUUUGUCGCCAUGCUGCUCUACAUCCGAGACGCUUUGAUUGCGAGCAACUUCCAGACUUGCCUCGGCCUCCUGAUGCACUACCCUCCACUCGGAGACAUCAACUCUCUGCUCCAGAAAGCUCUCUUUCUCCGAGAUCCCAGAAGCCAUCCUCGACCUGUCAACUACCAGUUCCAGCAGAACCUGGAUUACUACAAAACGAGGGGAGCCGACCUGAUGAAUAAGACACGUUCGAGCACAAAAGCAUCCCCCCUCAACAUCAACAAAGUGUCCAGCAGUCUGCUGAACUUCGGCAGGAAGCUCAUCGCUCCGACCGUAUCGGCAGGCACCAGCACCGUGUCGCCCGUCAGCGGGGAGGUGCACUCCCCGUCAUAUUCGUCCACUUCCCCCACCUCGACCUCAGCGCCCGCCUUGCAGCACCCGCUCGCCGAGCCUCCGACGAGCCAGGCGCCGCCGCAGACCCAGAGCCACGCCCACUACCGGCUGCUGAAGUCUGAGAGCAUGCCUGUCCACCUCGGCAAAGAUGCAGUUUCAGGUGGAGCUUCUCAGGUCCCGACGCAGACUGACACUCAAGGCCAAAGCUCCAGGAGGCUCAGCUCCUCUCCCAGCAUUGAAAACCUCUCCGCUGGCUUUGGUCAGUCCUCCGCCUCGCCACCCCUGCCGCUCUCCAGGGGAGGCAGCGAUGUGAGCACCUCGUCGCCACCCCUCCCGGCCCCCAAGAAAGAGUUGUUUUUCCACAUCGCUCGCUCGCGUUCCCACAGCAAGACCAUGUCCAGGAAGGAGACGGAGGAGGACUUGGAGGCUCAGGUGUCGUUCUUGCAGGGACAGAUCAACGACCUGGAGGCCAUGAGCAAAUAUUGUGCUAAGAUGAUGAACAGCCACAUCUGUAAAAUUCAGGAAGUGAUUUUGCAAGACCACUUGGAGAAAGAGGAUGAGGUGCUUGUUUCACUGGCGGGGCUCAAACAGAUCAAGGACAUCCUCAAGGGGGCACUGCGCUUCAACCAGAGCCAGUUGGAGGCUGAGGAGAACGAGGUGAUCAACAUUGCGGACAACCACUACACCUCAGCGGUGGAACCCGCCCUCGGCGGUCCCGGCAGUCACCGCGGCAAUCAGCCAGCGCAAGGCGGCAGCGUCUGCAGGCGAAGGCGAGGCCCAGAUGGAGACGGGAGCAAGAUGGCAGAGGAGCAGGAGGAGGAGCAGACGAUGACGCCGCACGAGGUGCAGUCUUCCACGGGCUCAGAAGCUAAGAGCUGGGAUGACUACAUCCUCGUACCCCAGGAAGGAGACCUGCAGAGCGCGGGCGCAGAUGGAGGCAGGGCCGGAUCGGAGCCCACCCCUCCCGUCAGGCGAGGCCGCGGCUUGGUCCGCAUGGAGCCCGAAGGAGCCGCCGGGACCUUUGACGACCCCCUGACGGGAGCCGGCGCCUCGGGCUCUUCCAGCCCGGAUGAAGGCUCCACCAACAGCAAGGACUCUGACUUCACCAUCGUCAACCCCAGUGAUUUUUGAACAAGUAAACCACUCCUCGGGGACCUUUUGAGAAGCUGCUAUCCUUUUAAAAGCUGUACAUGAUGACUGUGACACAGAGGGGCGGCCAUUCCCAUAUUCCCUAAAGUACUGUCUAAGCCCAUGUAGAAUAAAGGUGGCACCUUGCCUUAGAA